AUGGCAGUAUGGGAUCAGCUGGAGGUGGACCAAGCUCAUAAAGCCUACGCUAUCGUGGGUGUGUUUUCCACUAUAUUUUGCUUACUAUCACUGGUUUUGAAAGAGAGGUUGUUUGUUGGCGAAGCAUUUUUGUCAUGUGUCACUGGUAUAAUUGUUGGACCUCACGCUUUGAACUUGAUAAAUCCUUUGGAAUGGACAAAUUCUGAUUAUUUGACUCAGGAGAUUUCAAGAAUCGUGUUGAUUAUACAAAUUUUUGCAGUUUCGGUAGAAUUACCAAAAAAAUAUAUGAAGGUUAAUGUUCGCUCAGUGGUAGUGCUGUUAUUAUUCACUAUGAUUCUUGGUUGGUUGGUCACUGGACUAUUCGCAUGGGUUUUAUUUCCCAAGUUUAGUUUCAUUGAUGGGUUGGCGAUUACUGCUGCUAUUACUGCAACAGAUCCUGUUUUAGCUGCUGCUAUUGUGGGUAAAGGUAAAUUUGGCGAAAGGAUCCCAGCCUCUUUGAGACAUUUGUUAAGUGCUGAAUCUGGAGCUAAUGAUGGGCUGGCGUUUCCAUUUGUUUUAUUAGCCGUUGAUAUCUUGACAAAUAGAGGAAAGCCUGGAGUAAUUGUAAGAGAUUGGUUUUGUAUUGCUAUACUUUAUGAGUGUGUUUUUGGAGUCAUAUUGGGUAUAAUUAUUGGAUAUUCAGGAAGAAAAGCCAUUGAAUUUUGUGAAAAUAAAAAGUUCAUUGACAGGGAAUCACUCUUAAUCUUUUAUAUUCUAUUAUCAUUAAUGUGUACUGGUUUUGGCUCAAUUUUGGGCGUUGAUGACUUAUUAGUUUCAUUUGCAGCUGGUGCAGCAUUUGCUUGGGAUGGUUGGUUUUUUAAAAAGAGCCACGGACAACAUAUAUCUAAUUCUAUUGACCUUCUCUUAAACGUUGGAUAUUUUUUAUACUUUGGAACUAUAAUUCCAUGGCAAGAUUUUAAUAACAAAGAAUUAGGAUUGCACUGGUGGAGACUUGUUACUUUAGGUUUGGUUAUAAUAUUCUUAAGAAGAAUUCCAGCUGCUUUACUCGCUAAACCAUUUGUUCCUGCUAUCAAAACUUGGAAAGAGGCUCUAUUUGUUGGUCAUUUUGGUCCAGUUGGUGUUGGUGGAAUUUUUUGUUCCAUAAUAACCAAAGAUGCAAUUGAAAAGCAUUUAACUCAGGGGGAAGUUCCAAUGAGGGAGAUCAAUUCUAGUGCUCCAUAUUAUAUGGUUUUGAGGUGUAUCUGGCCUAUCGUUUGCUUCAUAGUUGUUACCUCUAUAGUUAUCCAUGGAUUCUCAGUCACGGCUAUGGUAUUCUAUAGUAAAUUCCAGAAUUAUGAUUUUAAAGAAUCAAAAUCGUCAUCUCCUACGAUGGUAUCAUCAGUUGAAAUUACCGAUGAAGAUGGAAACAAAGCUCUCAAUGAACCCACAUCGAACAGUAACUUACAUUUGAGAAGAGUAUGUUAGGUACGAAUGGGGCUCAGUUUUUGAUGUAUAAAAGCACCACAACAACUUUAAUUCUUCAAAAU